CUCCAAUCCGCUACUUAGUUUGGCUCUGUGACACGACCCGCAACCAAUCGUUGAGCUCCCUCAAUGGACUGCAAGAACGUCAGCUCGCCAUGUUGUAACACAACAAGAUCAGCUCAGGGAGAACGGAGGUGUGAGGCCAGAGUCUUCAGGUAACAAUGGAGCCUCCAGUGAACUUGUGUGUGAACCAUGAUGGGGAAUCUCAGAAUUUCCUGGUGUCAGACUCAAAUAAGACAACCUGGGCAGAUGUGGAGGCGAUGGUACUGGUUUCAUUUGAUCUUAGCAACAUUCAAAUUAAGUAUGUGGAUGAGGAGAAUGAAGAGGUGUCGGUGAACAGUCAAGUUGAAUAUGAAGAAGCAUUAAAGAUUGGGGUUAAGCAAGGAGGCAUCCUGCAAAUGAAUGUUUAUGAGAAAACUAUACAGCACCAGACCCCUGAUCUUCCUUGUCAAGACCUGUUACAAAAUACAGCUGAACAGAGUAGCCCCCCACCUGCAAGAAGUGGCAAGAGGCCUUUAGGGCAUUACUCUUCGUUGGCACGGGCAGUGGGGCAGGAGAUGCCAAAGCUAGAAAUCUCUAACAGCAAGGAGAAACCAGGGGAAGCUGAGAUUAUAGAACCAGUACAGCCAGAAUGGUUCACUAGCUACCUUGACAGGGAACAGAGAGGACAAAAUGAGGUUAGAAAAUCCACAGAAAUGCCACCAGACUGGUUCACCAACUAUAUGAAAAUGUUUAAGGAACAAAUUGUGCGUGAAACAGUGGAACGAGUGAACCAGUCAUUUAGAGAGAAGCUUGUGCAGACCCAAGAAUGGAUGUCUGAUAGCAGCUCAUCCUCAGUAGCCCUUCAAGAAUCUGAAAGACCAGCUUCUGUUGGAUCUUUACAUGAUUGGCUGUUAGCUUGCAGUAACUGUCAACACCAAAUACUGGGUGUACGCUAUCAGUGCAGCACAUGCCCAUCGUACAGUAUCUGUGAGCAAUGUGAAGCUGAGAAUUGUGACCAUGAUCCCAACCACUUAUUCCUGAAGAUGCGCCGACCUGUAGAACCCAGAGCACAAGGGCAACUCGCCAGUCAUCAGUUUUCCAUGGAGCAAGUCCGGUUUCAGAAACAAAUGGAUAAAACAUUCCUGAAAGCAGAGAAACAACGUCUUCGGGCAGAGAAAAAGCAGCGCAAAGCAGAAGUCAAGGAGCUUAAGAAGCAGCUGAAACUGCAUCGCAAAAUAUAUAGUUGGAGUUCCUUAGAAUCACCUCCUACGUCGCAGACUGAAAUGCCACAGAACAGCCAACUUGUGAUACCAAUACAACCCUGUUCCCAGAUCAUUCCUACUCUCAGUGCAGUUUUUGUGGAUGAAAAUCUGCCAGAUGGAACACAUCUCCAGCCAGGUACCAGGUUCAUCAAACACUGGAGGAUGAAGAACACUGGGAACGUAAGAUGGAACUCAGACACAAAGUUAAACUUCAUGUGGGGCAACUUAACGCUUGCAUCCUCUUCUCGAAAAGAUGCCACAGUCCCAUCCCUACUUCCAGGGCAAGUGGGAGUUCUGUCUGUAGAAUUCAUAGCACCAGCUUUAGAAGGAACCUAUACCUCCCACUGGCGGCUGGCUCAUAAAGGUGAGCAAUUUGGACCUCGUGUCUGGUGCAGCAUCAUUGUAGACUCGCUUCCUUGCACAGACAAUAUGGAGGAUAUGGAAAAAGGACUAACAUCUCUCAGAUCAUCCAACCGCAGUCAUCAAGAAGAGGAGAACACUACUGAAUCCAAUAAUUUACAAACUGGAGAAGCCUCUGAGAAAGUGGAUGGAACCACUGUUUCCACUUCUGUAAAGAUGAGGGGCACACACAGUGACAGAGACCUGUACAUUCCGUCUGUGGACCUCCUCACAGCUCAGGAUUUACUGUCCUUUGAGUUGCUGGAUAUAAAUAUUGUUCAAGAACUAGAACGUGUCCCUCACAAUACACCUGUAGAUAUGACCCCAUGCAUGUCCCCUUUGCCUCAUGAUGGACCAUUGAUUGAGAAACCAUGCCUUGGACAGAUAGAAGAAGAGAAUGAAGGAAAUGGAUACAAAACACUAGCAGGGCUUAAGAAGCCCCAGGAAAAAGUGGGCCGAGUAGCUCCACACGAUGAAGCUGAGGAAGACAUCAGUGGGACACAGUUUGUAUGUGAAACCGUAAUGCGAAGUCUUACACUGGAUGCAGCUCCAGAUUAUAACCCCCCUCAAAAGAAGACUUCUACACACAGCUCUUUGCAGUCAUCACCACAAAUAAGUUUUAACUACAGCACAAAGUCAGAUGAAUUCCCCAUCCAGAAGUUGCCCUCUGUCAUCAGUAGUCAAGAAUCCCAGAAGACAGAAGUCAGAGAUGUGGGAGAUAACAUAAACGCAACAGAUUCAGAUCUGUAUGGAGAUGGGCAGGCUGUUCCAGAUGAAGAGGAUCCUAGAGAUGAAACGGAAAGCCAGGGAUCCUGUACAUCCACUGAAGACUAUAUUAUUAUCCUACCAGAAUGUUUUGACACCAGCCGUCCUCUGGGGGAGUCUAUGUACAGUUCUGCCCUCUCUGAGACUGGAUGUGACAAGGAGAAACAGCCAGAGCCUUGUGAGGAUAUUGGGAAUCAAGCAAGAGCUAACCAGCCACACGCUCAUAGUAUUAAUGACAUCCUCACUACAUCACAGACACUAGACACUGUUCCACUUAUGCCAGAGGUUCUACAACCCUCACCCCACUUAAGGGCAUCUGAAGAGCCACAAGUUCUCUCCAUGAGUGUAGAUGAGGAUGUGGGAGCUGCUGCUGUUAGCACUAACACUUCUGAGCGAAUAUACAGAGGUCCGAUUGAUGACUGUCCUCCAAGGAUGCAGACUCAACUUGAUGACUCAACACCCAGACAUUGUUUCGAUAAUACAAGGCAGCACCCAAGAGUGAGUAUCGCAGGUGGCCUGGUAAAGGGAGCUCUUUCUGUUGCAGCAUCAGCCUACAAGGCUCUUUUCACUGGACAACAAGAGUCUGUGUCGCCAACAUGCUCGGAGGAGCAGGCCAGUGCCAUGAUGGCUAUCCUCCUAGAGAUGGGAUUCUGCGACCGACAGCUCAACCAGAGGCUUCUGCGAAAACACAACUAUAACCUAAUGGAUGUAGUAACAGAGCUGAUCCAAAUCAAUGAUAAUGACUGGUAUUCUGCUCGUUACUAAAAUGGAUUGAUUCCCCAUGCACAAGCUAAUCUCAUUUUAGAAGAAACUUGCACGUUUUUACUGAAACAAAAUUUAGCUUACUGGGCACUGGACAACCUCUGUUUGAUUUUUAUUUCUUUUCUCAGACUUUGAGCUGACAUGAAUGACUGCCUUUAUCUAUGGACCAGUAGAAAUGUGCUCUUUUUUUAACUUUAUAGCCGACUUUUGCAGCAGAGUCUUUUGACUGUGCAGUUGCAACAGUCUUUAUGGCUCUGGUGAAGGACAGCUGUAAAACAGUGUAGGGAAGUUAUAAUAUUAAAGGUUAUACAGUUGUGGAAUUGCAUUUGAAAUGUUUUGGUCGGAAAACCAUAGAUAACAAAUUACUCGGUCUUGGCGCACCAAUGCAGUUAUAUACUGUUCAGAGGCAUAUACUUUCUUGUUGUAGAACAUCUAUAAAAACUAACAGUAUUUUGGGAAGCCAUCAAAAGCCUUUUAACUUCCUGUGUUAUACUUUAGUCAAACCACAAAAUUAUCCCAUUACCAAAACAUUACAGAGCCCUAUAUAUAAUUUGUAUUUGCUUCUUUCCUUGAGUAAUAAAGGCAAUGGCUAAAACCGAAAAUGUAAUCAAAACAAUUAGAAUUCUAAUAGAAAUUGUGUAUAUUAUUCUUGCACAUAGCACUUAAAUCUUUUUUCUACAGCAACCUACAAUGCUGUUAUGCUUAAUUUAAUUUCUGGAGUAUAAAAGUCUCCCAUUCUUUAGGGGGAAACAUGUAAAGUAUUUUUAAGUUUUAAAAUAGUUGGGUGUGUUUUUUUGUUUGUUUGGGGGUUUUUUUUUUGUAAACUUAAUGCAACUUCUUUCUUUCUUACUUUGGUGUUGGGUAACAAACUAACAUAUGCAUAAUUUGCAAUUUUGCAUUGGGAAACAUAUAUUGAAUUAACUGCGGCAAAUCCUACUGUUAAUCUCUGCUAAAUGUAGAUAGUGGCAGGUAAUGAAGUUUAUUUUCCAGUCAGAUGUCACCGCCAGCCAUUAUAUCUGCACAGUGCCGCUCUUUGCUUGUUUACACUACAAAAAGAAAUAGGCUAUUCCUUGAGGUUAGUCAGGGUUUUUAUGUUUAUCACUGGUGUGUUCAAAUAUGGUUUUAAAAGAUGCCAAGAUACAUUCUCCGUUAAAAUAAGAUUUAAGUACCAAACACAUUAAAAGUAGCAUUGCAUACUGUGAAUUUAGUGUUGGAAUCCACAAACCCUUGAGAUCUAUUUUCUGCUGUUAUAGAAUUUUAAUUAAUUUGUUAUUCAUAAAUCCUUAAAGGACAUUAAACUCCAAAUGUUAUUCCCCAUUAAUGGUUUAAUUAUAUAUAAUGGAAACACUUUGAAAUGCUGUUGAAUCGGAACGCUGACACCCCAUAAUAUGUACAUGCUCUCAUUUAUAUCUGCCUUUAAAUGGCCACAGCAAAGGAGAUAGGAUUAGCAGCAAUACUCAAGGCUUUUCAGUGGGUAUGUUCCUGGAAUGCAUAACAAUGCAAAUAAAAUUUAAACUUAAAAUUUA